CUCUGCAUGGCCCGAAGCUUUUUUUCUUCCCAAGCUUGUUGCGAAAACGGAUGUGCCUGCUGUAACAGGCCCAUGUCUGAAACCCCAGACAGACGGUCACAUCUCAACAGAAAGACAGCUACACUCGGAAGAACAGCAGCAGCAGCAGCAAGAUGGAGUGUGAGUGGAAGCCAGACGAGCAGGGACUUCAACAGAUUCUGCAGCUGCUGAAGGAGUCUCAGUCGCCGGAUACGUCCACGCAAAGAUCCGUGCAGCAAAGACUGGAGCAGCUGAACCAGUUCCCAGACUUCAACAACUACCUGAUAUUUGUUUUGACAAAGUUAAAAUCAGAAGAUGAACCGACGCGGUCCCUGAGCGGAUUGAUCCUGAAGAACAAUGUGAAAGCCCACUAUCAGAACUUCCCUAACGGCGUGUCUGAGUUCAUCAAGAGCGAGUGCCUCCAAAACAUCGGAGACUCGUCGCCCCUCAUCCGGGCCACUGUUGGUAUCCUCAUCACCACCAUCGCCUCCAAAGGAGAGCUACAGAACUGGCCCGAGCUGCUGCCUAAACUCUGCCAGCUGCUGGAUUCUGAGGACUACAACACGUGUGAGGGAGCGUUUGGCGCCCUUCAGAAGAUCUGCGAGGACUCCGCUGAGAUCCUGGACAGCGACAUGCUGGACCGGCCGCUCAACAUCAUGAUCCCCAAGUUCUUACAGUUUUUCAAACACAGCAGUCCUAAGAUCAGGUCUCAUGCCAUCGCCUGCGUCAAUCAGUUCAUCAUCAGCAGGACUCAGGCUCUCAUGCUGCACAUCGACCCGUUCAUCGAGAACCUGUUUGCACUGGCGACAGACGAGGAACCCGAGGUGAGGAAGAACGUGUGCAGAGCUCUCGUCAUGCUGCUGGAAGUCCGUCUGGACCGUCUGCUGCCGCACAUGCACAACAUCAUAGAGUACAUGCUGCAGAGGACUCAGGACCAGGAUGAAAACGUCGCCUUAGAGGCCUGCGAGUUCUGGCUCACUCUGGCGGAGCAACCGGUGUGUAAGGAGGUGCUGAGUGGACACCUUUCACAGCUCACUCCGGUGCUCGUCAACGGGAUGAAGUACUCUGAGAUUGACAUCAUCCUGCUCAAGGGAGAUAUCGAGGAAGACGAAGCCAUUCCCGACAACGAGCAAGACAUCCGGCCGCGCUUCCAUCGCUCCCGCACAGUCGCCCAGCAGCACGAGGGCGACGGGAUAGAGGACGACGACGACGACGACGACGAGCUCGAUGAUGAUGAUGACACUAUGUCAGACUGGAACCUGCGGAAGUGUUCAGCUGCGGCGUUGGACGUGUUGGCGAACGUGUUCAGGGACGAUCUGUUGCUGCACCUCCUGCCGCUCCUCAAAGAGCUGCUCUUCCAUCCGGAGUGGGUCGUCAAAGAGUCCGGCAUCCUGGUGCUGGGGGCCAUAGCUGAAGGCUGCAUGCAGGGUAUGAUCCCGUACCUGCCCGAGCUCAUCCCCCACCUCGUCCAGUGUUUGUCCGAUAAGAAGGCUCUGGUGCGCUCCAUCACCUGCUGGACUCUGAGCCGCUAUGCACACUGGGUAGUCAGCCAGCCGCCUGACACCUACCUGAAACCUCUGAUGACGGAGCUGCUCAAACGCAUCCUGGACAGCAACAAGCGAGUGCAGGAGGCCGCUUGCAGUGCCUUUGCCACUUUGGAGGAGGAGGCGUGCACAGAGCUGGUGCCCUACUUGGCCUUCAUCCUGGACACGCUCGUGUUCGCUUUCAGCAAGUACCAGCACAAAAACCUGCUCAUCCUGUACGACGCCAUAGGAACGCUCGCAGACUCAGUGGGUCACCAUCUCAAUAAACCGGAAUACAUCCAGAUGUUGAUGCCCCCGCUGAUCCAGAAGUGGAACCAGCUAAAAGAUGAAGACAAAGACCUCUUCCCUUUAUUAGAAUGUCUGUCGUCUGUAGCCACGGCCCUGCAGAGCGGCUUCCUGCCCUACUGUGAGCCCGUGUACCAACGCUGUGUCAACCUGGUCCAGAAGACUCUCGCUCAAGCCAUGCUUCAUCAGUCCCAGCCGGACCAGUACGAGGCGCCGGACAAAGACUUCAUGAUCGUGGCUCUGGACCUGCUCAGCGGACUCGCAGAGGGUUUAGGGGGCACCAUUGAGCAGCUGGUUGCCCGUAGCAACAUCCUCACCCUCAUGUACCAGUGCAUGCAGGACAAAAUGCCAGAAGUGCGUCAGAGUUCUUUCGCUCUGCUGGGAGAUCUAACCAAAGCUUGUUUCCAACACGUCAAACCGUGCAUCGCUGAUUUCAUGCCCAUACUGGGUACAAAUUUAAACCCAGAACUGAUAUCAGUGUGCAACAAUGCCACAUGGGCCAUCGGAGAGAUUUCUAUACAAAUGGGGCCUGAGAUGCAGCCGUACAUCGCCAUGGUGCUGCACCAGCUGGUGGAGAUCAUAAACAGGCCAAAUACCCCAAAGACUCUCCUGGAGAACACAGCAAUAACAAUUGGUCGUCUUGGUUACGUUUGUCCUCAAGAGGUGGCACCCAUGCUACAGCAGUUUAUAAGACCCUGGUGCACCUCUCUGCGAAACAUAAGAGACAACGAGGAGAAAGACUCUGCGUUCAGAGGAAUUUGCACUAUGAUCAGUGUCAACCCGGGAGGUGUAGUUCAGGAUUUUAUUUUCUUCUGUGACGCCGUGGCCUCCUGGGUGAAUCCAAAGGAUGAUCUCAGAGACAUGUUCUACAAGAUCCUUCACGGGUUUAAGAACCAGGUGGGAGAGGAGAACUGGACGCGUUUCUCCGAUCAGUUCCCGCUGCCGCUCAAAGAACGACUGGCCACCUUUUACGGGGUGUAACUGUUCCCUCAGCGGCGUGCCUCAUCACUGAGGUGAUAAACUACGGGAGACAACAUAGGGAACCUCUUUUACCCAGGGAACAUGUUACCCUUUAAUCGGGGGGAAGGGGUCUGCCUGCUGACGGGGAGGGGGAAGGGGGUGCGGACCCCUCCCCGAACCUGACGGACGGGGUGGGUGGGAGGUGGUAGCUGCAGUGUUCGGUGCCCCCAUUGCACAGGCAAGGAGGGGGUGGGUGGGGGAGGGGGAAAGGGACCGGCAGAACAACCUUUUCAUGGGAGGAAAAUUCAUGUUAUCACACCUCAGUCGGAAAAUAAUGAACUUCAUCACCCCUUUUUUCUCUCUCUCUCUCUCUCUCUCUCUCUCUCUCUCUCUCUCCAUUUAUCCCCACAAACAUUUUAAUUCUACUACUGAGAAGAAAAG